UCACUCAGCUCUAUUAGUUUAAGUUCAUAGAUUAGCCGAGACGCAUGUCAGCGGCACGUUAACCUCGUCGCUUCUUCCAUUCCUAAAACAAUGUAGAGCAGAAUUUCGCUGGCAAACUUAUAACUACUUGUACUUCAAACAAAAAACAACAAAAAAAACUAUAUACAAACUAGCAAAGUCACCACUGCUCAUAACUAAAAAUUGUUAAAGUUUUUGACGCAAAUCAAAUGCGGGUUGGCACUGAGUGUUGACCAGCGAAUUGCGGUUUGAGAACAGCAAAGUUUCCGUUGACGUGUGACGUUGAGUGAACAGUUAACUAUUUAUGGUGACAGUGACGCGAGUGAAUUGGUUUUAGGUUCAUAACAAUGCUUUCGCUUGGCGUGGACAUUCAUCAUCAUCGCCACAGCAGUCGAUGGCAACAUUUCUCCUUCCUCUUCCCACUACUCGCGCUUGCUGUGAGUUUUCUGUGUUUGCCUGCGGAUGGGCAAGAGCUGAACGCGCUAAGCUACUAUAAGCAUAUUUCUAAAGCGCGUCAGAAGCAACUCGAAAAUCUGGGGACACGCAUACAUGCAUCCGUCAACAUAAAUAGAUUGCCUUGCGAGAGUUAUUACGAUUAUGUUUGUAGCCGCAAUAAACCACUCUUCUCGGUGUUGGGUUAUCUCCCCGAAUUCGGUGACCUCAUGAAACUCCUCACCGAAUUGCAGCAAGAUCCUGAGCAAUUCGAAGCGAAGCAGAAAAUGAUGGACUUUUUCAUCUCGUGCAAUUCCAAAAAAGCGCUCGAGGACUGUUAUCGUGAAACUUUUGAGUAUUUCAAGCCUCUGUUCGGCUACAUUAUCAGCAAGAAUUACAUUAACGCCAAUUCCAUCGAACACGACAACUUCCUGAAAAUAUUGGAGAAUUUCCUAUACAAGGCCGCACAAAUACACAACUUCAUGCAUCAUCCGAUACGUCAUCGGUUGUUUACGCUGCGAGAGAAAUUCCGUCUGCCACAGCUAUAUUUUCGCCCAUACGAGCUGAGUCGUGAAUACGAGUCGUUGCGUAUCUAUCGUGAAAGCUACAAACAUAACGUACGCAAUUUGGAGCUGCAUCGUCGUCGCAAUUCCACCUAUGAGUUGGGCGUGGAACGUACCAUGUUGGAUUGGACGCUGUAUCUGUAUCAGAGUCGCAACAUGCCCAUGUCCUAUUACUAUCCAACGCUGAACGUACACUUGUGGAUGACACUGUACAAUACGACGGAACGCGACCGUGAGCCGAAACGUGUGCGCGAGCUGGCAGAGUGCUUGAAACUACCGCCGUACGUGCGCGUCUUGGAUGAGGCUCGCGUCUUGGCUGUGGUUUAUAUGAAGGCAUUUCAAAAUGCUUGGGUAGACUACAGCGACUGGAUUAAGCCCGAUCGCCCGAGUAUAAAUAAUGAAAUCUACAAUAGUGAGAAUAUGAUACUCGAUGCGUACGAUCUGGAUAAUAAGAAGAUAUUCUUCAUUUUAUAUGCACAAAACUUUUGCGAAUUCGGCAAGGAGUUGGCUGAGAAUAUAUUCUACUUGGGUAUGAAGCAGAAUCGCGAUUUCGCCGAUAGCUAUAAUUGUGCUUUUCCAUAUGAGCAACGGACGUCGUGCGCUAUAUGAAGUAAGAUGCGCUCAUGAGGCGUCUAAGUAAUAAACAUUUUUGGACUUUUAUACUCGUAUAGGUAAAUAUGUAUCUUUAAAUGAUUUAAAAUAAAGCUAAU